CAAGACGUGAAGCAAUAAAAGAAAACGCCAGAGAAGUUACGUCGUAAAAGGAAAACGCGUCUAAGUAUAGGUUUGUAAUCUCAAAGCUUAAGUAGGCUUCGUAUCAGUUGAGUUUACUCUGCAGAUUUGACCCCCAGCUAUCUGUGCGGUAAAUCACUAGAUGGCAGAUCAAUUUUUCUUUUGAAACGCGCUGGAAAUGCUAGAACUAUGAUGGGGAAAAUAUGUUAUGUUCAAUAUAUUGAAUAAUAUAAAUGAUUUCUAUGGUACUUUUUAUUGUAAGUGGAUCAGUGCCGAAGUAAAAGGAUAAGUCCGUGACUAUAAGCACAAUAGAUCUUUUGGGUUGAAUUCUAAAUAACAUCUUAGAUUGAAAAUAAUCGUGUUUAAUAUAGCCCUAAAUAUAUUUCUUAAAAAAUCGUUUAAUCACCACAGAAUUGGUACGUCACAAAUAAUUAAAAUUAAAGAGAGGAAUGAUGUGGAAAUAGAUCGAUGGAUUCCAGAGCUUGGUGGAAGUAGAAUUAUAUAAUACGGAGUCAACUAGAUUAAAAUUAUCUCAUGGGGGAAAAUCAUCCUGGCUGUUACAUAAGUGCCGAAUUGUGUCAAAGCACGCACCACGUGGAAAUUUCCCAAAGAGUGUCCGCGCAUCUAAUCAAUAUUAUCAUUUUCCUUGUGCGGAAAACUGUGUAUAGGUUUUGUGACAAUAAAAAUAGUUAUAAGUGGUUUUCAAAACGAUACUUUUGUACUGUCACCAAAUAAAAACAACAAUAGGAAAUGCCAACCAAAUCAGACAACCCAACUUUCGGUUACACUUACCAUUUACCGACAGGAGGAUGGUCGGCGAAAUUGCGAAACGUUUUAUCGCAAUUUUCGGAUAUUUUUAGUGAAUUCGAUAAAUACAUAGCUCCGGCUUAUCAUCACGAUCGUUGCGAAAGAUCCGUUCAAAUGAGGUUAUACUCGAUGCACAAAAGAGAACUGUGUGCUGUAUUUAUGACUUUUUUCAUAUCGUUUGGUUUGGGAAUAUUUGUAGGCGUUGCAGGUCCUCCAAUAACAAUGAGCACCGCUGUGGAUGGAAUCUCCUUGUUACCGAAAUAUAAUAAUACCAGCAAAAGUAUAGCUACUGGACCGUUCAUAAUGAAAACACCAAAACUAUCGACUUAUUCCCAACAACUUUGGAUUAUAGCUAAAUUAUCUAUAGAAAAUAUGGACGGAGAAAUCAUAGAUAAAUUAUUUGGGGUAUCAGUAGCCCUAUCAGGAUUAUCUGAAGAACAUAAGCCAGUUACCGUAUUGGAUAUUAAUAGUAACAAUAGAUCCCGUCAUUUAAAAUGUGAAAAACGUUGUGAUGAAUUCGUUGUGGCGCAUUUGGGAUAUUUAGAUUUUACCCAUUAUAUUGUUGCAGUAAAAUUCUACGGACUGGAAGCUUUUCAUUCAAGAUACAACAUUAACGAGUUAUUAUUUUACUUUAAAACUUACAACCCUUCUUUCACUCAAAUCGAAAUAUGGUUCAGAUUCAUCUUUUUAAUAUCUACUUUCAUCAUCACAAUCUGGUACCAGAAUUCCCUAAGAAAAUAUCCGAUGUGUAACUGGUCUAUUGAACAAAAGUGGAUCUCGUGGUUGUUACCGUUACUUAUGGCAUAUGACAAUCCGGUAUUUCCCAUGUCAUUUUUAAUAAAUUCAUGGUUGCCUGGUAUGAUUGACGCGUUCGCUCAAACUACAUUCAUAUGCGCUCUUCUAAUGUUUUGGUUAUGCAUAUAUCAUGGCCUAAGACAGAAUGAUCGCCAUGCUCUGACAUUUUAUUUUCCAAAAUGCUUCAUCGUCUUCAUGAUGUGGUUGCCAGCUAUGAUUUUAGCUACAUGGGGUAGAAUAUAUGAACUACAAGACCCAACUUUUGAUCCAACAGUCGAUACUUCUAAUUUUUACGUUGUUAAGGCGUUUUUCUAUAUUUUUGGUAUAAUAUAUUUCAUGUAUUUAUCAAGUUUAAUGUUGAGAGCUUAUUCCGAAUUAAGAUCUAUGCCUUAUUUCGUUCUUCGUUUAAGAUUUCUAACACUAUUGGUUCUGAUUGUAUUGCUAAUAACUUCAAUAGUAACUCUAUUGAGAUAUGGAGUUGGGGUAUUAGAAGAUAGUUUCGUUGCUCGACUGAAUACCCAUUAUAGUAAUUCUUCAGAAUUUAUGUGUUUUUAUGGAGUUUUGAACUUUUAUGUGUACACAAUGGCAUACGUUUACUCUCCUGGAACUAAAGAUGUCCACGAUAUAGUUAUAACCAAAGAUAACCCGGCGUUCUCUAUGAUAAACGAUUCUGACGAAGAUGUUAUUUACGGAUCAGAAGAAGAAAGUCGUCAGCCAUUGACUCAAACAAGAAACGACGAUGAUAGCGAUUGAAUAUUUAUAAAUUUUUUAUAAAGAUUCUAUUAAUUCAAUCGGUUACAAAAGUUCCAGAUAGAAUGCUAAAUUUUUGACUACAAUAUAAUUGUAUGUUAAAUUUGUUGUCUAUAGAGAGCUUUGUUGAAAAAAGAAGAUUUUUGAAGUUUUUACCAAACUUUUUAGAUGCCAAAGCAUCGAAUGCUACUAGAUUUUUUUUAAAUCGAGAUUGUCCUGUUACAAAAAUUUACAAAAUCAGAUAUUUACCAACAAUUUCAUUUUUAACACUAAAUGUUACAAUUAAUAUUAUUCACACUGGAAACACUGGUAACAUACACUGAGAAAAGUAUUUGUUUAUCUUCACACAGCAUAAUUUGUGUUGUGGUAAAUUUCUAAGGAUGAAGAGGAUUUACUUUUGCUUAGAUAUCUUCAUAGCAGUAAACGAAAUUUUAAGUGCAUCUCCAUAUCUACCAUAACUUUCAAAAAAAAUUGCCAAAGAUGUCUCCAAAUUCAAACUCAAUUCUAAUAUUACCGAUGAUUCAUUAUCAACGGCAUAUAAACUUAAAAAUAAACAAAGAUUGGUAGGAAAACUUACCUUAAGUCCCUGAAGAUGAUAGCUUGGUAGUCGAAACGCGCGUCAGACAGUGUAAUUGUGAGUUGUAAUGGUAGCAGUCAACAGUGUGUUCAUUAUGAAUAUCACCAACGGUUUCAGAUCUCCCAGCUUAAUAGUGCAGUGAUUUAAUUUUCGAACAUAUUUGGAACUAACUUCGUCAAUUAUUAUUACAAUCAUAUUAUCCGCACGAGAUUGACUGAUUUUUAUAAAAAUGCAAGUUUUCGAAAAGAAGAUUCGAAAAGCUGAGAACUCACCUCAACAUCCAGAUGAAGGAGCUGAUCGACUGAGUCUGGUACCCAAGAACGAGAAAACAGCUAAACCACGACCAGCAUUAAGAAUACCCAAAUUAACAAAAAAACCUGCUUAUGAAGAUUGGUAGGAUUUCACAUAUUUGACAAGUCAUUCUAGAGACUAUGAAAGGUAUCCAAGAAAAAGCUAGUAAAGUGUCAACUACAAGAAAAGAAGAAAAUAGCCGUAACCUCAUUUUAAAUUGUGCAUUCUGAAACGAAUGGAUUUGGAUAAGUAUGUAACGUACUACGCUUCGUCUAUUGCAUCUCAAUGACUAUAAGUUCCAUGUGCAGAAUGCCUAAGUGUUAUUUUAUUUUCUUAUUUUUCUCAGUGUAGCUUGUUUUUUCAGUUUGUCGUUGCUGUUUGAGGUUUUUCUACACUUCGGAUGAUUUGAAAAUUUUGUCUCAACCCAAAGAGAUCAGUACUGACUCAAAAUUAAGUUAAUGUCGAAUGGAAUUCAAAUUUUCCAAUUUUCACAGAUGAUGGUAAACAAUUGGAGAUAGAUAUGACACUCAAGAAUUUUCUGCAGAAUCAGAAAAAUGGCUCCGUUACCUUGGAGCACAACACCGAUUUCAAAAAUUUUAAUUUCGAUUAUUUUUCGAUAAAAUGCGACGUCAUCAGAUAAUUUUGCGAAACCGUCGUUGCAGAGUUAUUUACGAUAAGAAUGAUGUGCUCCAACGUGAUCUUGGAGCACACUUUUGACUAUUGAUUUGACGCCUUUACUGUGCAUCGCAAACUGUUUUGAUGGUGUCGCAUUCUAUCGCAAAAUGUCUUCUUGUUUGAACCCGAUCGCCACAAAGUACGUGCUCCAACAGGAUCUUGGAGCAAACUUUUGACUAUUGAUUUGACGCCUUCACUGUGCAUCGCAAACUGUUUUGAUGGUGUCGCAUUCUAUCGCAAAAUGUCUUCUUGUUUGAACCCGAUCGCCACAAAGUACGUGCUCCAACAAGAUCUUGGAGCACACUUUUGACUAUUGAUUUGACGCCUUUACUGUGCAUCGCAAACUGUUUUGAUGGUGUCGCAUUCUAUCGCAAAAUGUCUUCUUGUUUGAACCCGAUCGCCACAAAGUACGUGCUCCAACAGGAUCUUGGAGCAAACUUUUGACUAUUGAUUUGACGCCUUCACUGUGCAUCGCAAACUGUUUUGAUGGUGUCGCAUUCUAUCGCAAAAUGUCUUCUUGUUUGAACCCGAUCGCCACAAAGUACGUGCUCCAACAAGAUCUUGGAGCACACUUUUGACUAUUGAUUUGACGCCUUUACUGUGCAUCGCAAACUGUUUUGAUGGUGUCGCAUUCUAUCGCAAAAUGUCUUCUUGUUUGAACCCGAUCGCCACAAAGUACGUGCUCCAACAGGAUCUUGGAGCAAACUUUUGACUAUUGAUUUGACGCCUUCACUGUGCAUCGCAAACUGUUUUGAUGGUGUCGCAUUCUAUCGCAAAAUGUCUUCUUGUUUGAACCCGAUCGCCACAAAGUACGUGCUCCAACAAGAUCUUGGAGCACACUUUUGACUAUUGAUUUGACGCCUUCACUGUGCAUCGCAAACUGUUUUGAUGGUGUAGCAUUUUAUCGCAAAAUGUCUUCUUGUUUGAACCCGAUCGCCACAAAGUACGUGCUCCAACAGGAUCUUGGAGCAAACUUUUGACUAUUGAUUUGACGCCUUCACUGUGCAUCGCAAACUGUUUGGAUGGUGUCGCAUUCUAUCGCAAAAUGUCUUCUUGUUUGAACCCGAUAGCCACAAAGUACGUGCUCCAACAGGAUCUUGGAGCAAACUUUUGACUAUUGAUUUGACGCCUUCACUGUGCAUCGCAAACUGUUUUGAUGGUGUCGCAUUCUAUCGCAAAAUGUCUUCUUGUUUGAACCCGAUCGCCACAAAGUACGUGCUCCAACAAGAUCUUGGAGCACACUUUUGACUAUUGAUUUGACGCCUUUACUGUGCAUCGCAAACUGUUUUGAUGGUGUCGCAUUCUAUCGCAAAAUGUCUUCUUGUUUGAACCCGAUCGCCACAAAGUACGUGCUCCAACAGGAUCUUGGAGCAAACUUUUGACUAUUGAUUUGACGCCUUCACUGUGCAUCGCAAACUGUUUGGAUGGUGUCGCAUUCUAUCGCAAAAUGAUCGCAAUUGAAAUUGUUGAAAUGAGAUGUCGUGCUCCAAGGUACUGAGCACGACAUUACAUUUUAUGUAAAAAGUUUAUUUAUUAUCAAAUCAAUUCCAUUUGGUUGGAAUGCACUUUUAUUUGGUUUAUUUUAAACUUUGGAUGUAUCCCUUUUGAUAUCUCCCUGUAUAUAUGGUCCAACAAUGUUCGAAAAUGGUUAUUGAAUUUACAUGUAACACAAUGAAUGUUUACGUGUAUUAAUUUAAAUAUUAACGAUGUUUUUAUAGGGUUAUUGAUUUAAUAGGAAAUUGAAACAAACAUGUUUUUGAAAAAUAUAUUUGAAUCUUUUAUAUCAUUUCAAAUUAAAUCGUUGUUUUAUACUGAUAUUACCCAAUAAAUUAUAUUUGUACUUUCAGAAUGUUUUUAUUUCAAAAUCCAAAAAAUUAUGUCAUUAUUUUUAAA